AUGGAAAAGUUAAUUAAUGAAAUGGAAAUAUUAACUUGCAAAGAUUUAAUUUUACGAAGAUUUAGUAUAUUUGAUGUAAAUGUUUGUCAAAGUAAACUUACACAUAUACGUCCUAGUAAUAAUAAGAAAACAUUUUGUUCAUUAUUAUUUCAUGAACCUGAUAAAAUUGAUUUUGAAAAAAAAGUUAUAUUAGAACAUGGAAUUAGUGAAGGUUAUUGUACUAGAUUUGGUAACAAAAAACUUUUUUCAUGUUUAAACGUGACAAAUCCAUUAAAAUCAGAUGAUUAUAUUUGUUUAAAAAUUAAUGAAAAAUUAGAAAUGAAGAAACUUUAUUUUCAUACAAGGAUGAUGAAAAUAUCUGAUUGGAUUUUUGUCAGGCAGAAUGUUUUUAAGAAUCCAAUUGUUUCUUUUAACUUUGUAUUAUCAUUGAAAUCGAUUAAUUUACUUCUUGGAUCACAAGAAAAGUAUCCUAAACAUUUUUUGAUACUUCGAUGUUUGAAAAUUGUUAAAAACAACGAUAAACGUUUCUUUGAAGAUUGUUAUCCACCUUCUUUAAAACUUCAUAUCAAUGGAGAAAAUUUUACAGAGUUACUACCACGCAAAGUUUAUCAUAACGGUGAUAACAAAGAAUAUCAUUUACCAAUACCAACAAUAUUAAACGAAGGAUUAUCAAAACUUCCAGGUAUAUAUUCAGAAAAAAGGAAUGAUAUUUAUAUUUUUGGAAUUUUUAUGUCAACUGAAAAAAGUACCAAAGAAAUGUAUCAUGAAUUGAUAAAAACAAAGAAGGUUACUGUACAAAAAUUUGAAAAAGAUCUACAAAAUAUUAUGUCACCAUCAGAAGAUAUUACUUUAAAUAGUAUUGUUGUUUCACUUAAUUCUUCAAUUACUUCUAGAAGAAUAAAAGUUCCUUUUCGUGGAAGAAACUGCAAUCAUAUCAUUCCAGAUGAUCUUGAAGAUUAUAUUAAAGUCAAUUUUAAUACUGAAAAUUGGAUAUGUAAAAUUUGUAAACAUCCUUGCACACCAGAUGAUAUUAUGAUUGAUGAAUUUUAUGAAGAUAUUCUUAAUAAAUAUCCUAAAGUAAAUCAAAUUGAAUUUUGUGGAGAAUCAACAUAUAAAUUAUUUAAUAACAAUAGAUUGUUAAUUUCUAGUGACUCAAUAAGUUCUGAAAAUAAGAAUUUAAACAGUACAAAAAAUGUUUCAUGUGGAAGAAAUACUUUAAAAAGAAAAGUAGAUGGAAGUAUACAAGGUUUUACAAAUGAAAAUGGAAAAAGAGCCAAACAUUUUGAUAAAAAUCAUAUUAGUGAAUCUGUUGAAGGUUAUAUAAAAUCUAAUGAUGUACCUCUUUUAAAUUCUACUACAUCUGUUAAUCAAAAUUCAGUCCUUAAAAAAUUAGACAAUAAACAUAAGAUCAUGAAAUCAGUUGUUACAGAACCUGUUUCUGGAGUAAAUACAAUGCCCAUUCUAAAAAACAAAAUGCCAAAAGCCGUUUUUAAGGAUAAUGGUACUCAAACGGCAAAUAAUUGUUGUUUACAUCAAUUUGAUACGUGUACUAGAAAUGAUAAAAGGUCUUUUGAUAUCCUUAAUGAACAUAUCAAAUGUAAUUGCCCAGUUUUCGGCGAACUUUUACAGGGAAUCUUUGAUAGAAAUAAACUUAUGGCAAACAAUAACUUAAGACAGGGAGAAUUUGUUCCUAUUAAACCAGAUUACAUAAGUAACAAUUUAUGGGAAUUUCUUAACAAUACUACUCUUGCAUCAUUGUUUUUUGAGCAAUAA